GUCCUACUACGUCGAUUUUCAUCAUGUUGAAAUUGUGGCUAGCUUUCGCUGUGCUGAUCGCUCUGGGAAUGGCGGAAAGCCCACCGUUCCAGUGUCCGGGUGUCUGUCAGGUUUUCUGUCCCUAUGGUAAUGUGAGGGAUGCAGAUGGCUGUGACACCUGUGCCUGCCGUGAAGAACCUAAUAAAGAUUACACUGUGUGCCCGCCCCAAUGUCGGAUGUAUUGCUUUUACGGAAAUGUACGAGACGACAACAACUGUGACAUCUGCCAAUGUCGGCCUGCUCCUCCAGGCUCUCCCAGCAAAUAGAACUGAUGAAUGAGAGUCACGUGAUGAUAUGAAAAUCGACCUGCGAUGUCCACAAGACGGAACAUUUUUUUUACUAUUGUCUGCCUCGUGCUUCCUCCCCAUGAUAUCGGCACUGUUUUCUCUGAAACUUUGCAGAUAAAUCACAUUAAAGAAAU